AUGAUCAUCGAUGAGGAUGUUGAGGAGGUUUUGACAGCCACAAUCAUCCUGCACUACUCCGAAAUGCUGCUGCUGUCAGCACGGUCUAUCGGGAAAGCUGCGAUACUUGCGUGGAGCGAUACAAUCCGUCGUGCUUUCACAUCCCAACCCGAGAUAAGCAAGUCCAGUGCUGUCGACUCACAUUCUGGGGAAGUGCUGAGCCUCGUUAAACGCCAGUCCGAGCGAAAUAACGUCCUAAUCCUGCAAAACAAGCGCUUGGAGGAGCGACUGUUAUCUGUAGAAGUAAAACUGCAAUUACCGUUGGAAUCAGGAUCACCAAGCGAGCAUAUGUACGCGCAUGAAAGCCAGACUGAAGCGACGCAGGAACCACAGCAGAGUCAGCAAACCGUGCGUCCGAAGAAGUAG